CUCUAUAAUUCAUAUAUGUCCUUAUAGUCUGGUCUAGAUCUCUAUGGGUCAUAUCUGACCUUAUAGUCUGGUCUAGAUCUCUAUGGUUCAUACCUUGCUAUGUCAAGGGAAGUGUCAAGGAUUCUAUAUCUUUCAAAAAUAUUCGCAUACAAUUUAUUUGUUUAUGGAAUGACCUUAAAAAGGAUAAGGCAAGGAUAUGUUAAAUGAUGCAUGUUCACCUGUGUUCCCAGGUGCGCAGUGAUGUCAAUAAGGAGAAGCACCUGGAAGACACCUUCAGGAGGACAGUUGAAGGCAGUGAAAAGGAAAAAUAUGGCAAGUAUUUACUGGGGACUGUUGCUCCAACGUCCAAUGUUACUGAUGCAGCGCUAACGGUAUACCACUUUAUGUUCUUUGGCGGACCACUAGGCAUGAGGCCCAAGGGUUCGCCUCCUCAUCAGUAACGCACCUUGUGGGGCCCAAGGGUUCGCCUCCUCAUCAGGAACCCACCUUGUGGGGCUGGCACCUUAGAUUUUUAAAUAACACCUCUCCUGGUGAGAUUUAUAACUUAGUAGUUAUCCUAGGUUGUAGACAGGCAUUAUCGACAGUGUCGAUCCUAGACUAUUCCAGUGGCAUGUAUCCCAACAUUAUCCGUCGUUUCCCCGGGAUUGCACUCGAAAAAACAAAACAACCCAACACAACAUCUCCAGCCCUUUAAUUAACAUUGAACUUAAGCGUCACAAAAAAAAAAAACAAAAAAAAACAAAAAACAAACAAACAAACAAAAAAAAAAUGCUAUAGAAGAAAAAUGAUUAAAAACACAUUUAUCCUAACUUUUGUAAACCUUGUUUGAAGCCCCCUGCUUCAAUCCCUUUAAUUAACAUUGAACUUAAGCGUCACAAAAAAAAAAACAAAAAAAAACAAAAAACAAACAAACAAACAAAAAAAAAAUGCUAUAGAAGAAAAAUGAUUAAAAACACAUUUAUCCUAACUUUUGUAAACCUUGUUUGAAGCCCCCUGCUUCAAGCCUAACCUUGAAUAAAACAAAAUUGGAAUGGAUGUGUUCAAAGGCAGCCACGCCCUGUCUAUUUUUUAAGACUAUUUUUUCAUAUUCACGAGUCUCUCCCCUUUAUGAAGAGUUUUUCAUUAGACGCCCUGAGUUACCUGGAUACAUUGAUGUUAUUGUAAUAUUGAUAACAAAAGAUGUUUUGUUUUUCAUGCAACACACGUUGUUAAUGAUACAAAAAAUAAAAGAUUCUGUGCAUGUUAUUUUCGAUCCCUAGUAUGAAAUUGCACAACUGAAUGAACACAGAACACACCUAACACACAAAAACACCCGACACACACACACAACACACACAACACACAAACAUACAACAUACAUACAGUUGAGUUUUAUAUCUUUAGAUAUAUAUUGUAAAUAUCAACUUUGAAAUGUUUCUGUUUGUUCAGAGUUGAGCCGCAAAGUGUCCAGGUUGACCUCUGACCUCGAUGUCGCUAAGUCAGAAAAAAUGCAUGCUUUGAACAGACAGAAAAUACUGGAGGAGAGAAUCAGAGUAAGUUAUAUGUGAGUCAGUUUGUGGUGUGUGUGGGGAGGAGAGGAUGUGUGGAGGGGAGUAUUAAGGGAGGGGAGGGAAUUGGGGAUAAGAGUGUCAGGACGGAAGUAUGUGGGAGGAAACUUAUUGUAUGGCGGCAAUGUAUGUGUUGGAUAUGUAUUUGGUGGCAAUGUGUUAGGUGUGUGUUUGGUGGUAAUGUAUGUGUUUGGUGUGUAUGUGGUGGCAAUGUGUGUGUGGGAUAUGUAUUUGGUAACAAUGUAUGUGUUGAUGUGUAUAAGGUGUCAAUGUAUGUGUUGGAUGUGUAUUUGGUGGCAAUGUGUGUGUUGGAUAUGUAUUUGGUAACAAUGUAUGUGUUGAUGUGUAUAAGGUGUCAAUGUAUGUGUUGGAUGUGUAUUUGGUGGCAAUGUGUGUGUUGGAUAUGUAUUUGGUAACAAUGUAUGUGUUGGAUGUAUAUAGGGUGGCAAUGUAUGUGUUGGGUGUGUAUUUGGUGGUAAUGUAUGUGUUGGAUAUGUAUUUGGUAACAAUGUAUGUGUUGGAUGUGUAUUUGGUAGCAAUGUGUUAGGUGUGUGUUUGGUGGUAAUGUAUGUGUUUGGUGUGUAUUUGGUGGCAAUGUAUGUGUUAGGUGUGUAUUUGGUGGCAAUGUAUGUAUUGGAUGUGUAUUUGGUGGCAAUGUUUGUGUUAGGUGUGUAUUUGGUGGCAAUGUUUGUGUUUAUAUGUAUUUGGUGGCAUUGCAUGUUUUAGGUGUGCAUUUGUGGCAAUGUAUAUUUGGGUGUAUAUGUGGGGAGAUCCGUAGGAAGUUCAAGUAUGAAAUGAACUGUUUUUAUCAAUUCAUAAUUCUAAAACUUAGUCUAGUUUUCCCCAUGUGAAAUCAUUGACUUGUGUUGUAGAUUUAUUGAUCCUUGUUUUAUCUCAGACCCUGGAGAGAGAAGUGUCUGAUAAAAUGGGAAAAUUCCAAGACCUUGUAAGGGAGGUAAGGCAACAUUCAGUAAACAUAAACAAAAGUCUGUAACGUUCAAGCAGUAACUUCCCCUGCCAAGGUUGUCAUGUGACGUCCUGUUGAUCAGAAUUUCAAGAAGAACUAUUUCUGAAAAGUAUUAUUUUUUCCAUAUAUAUUUGUAAAACCGCCACGAGCAAAGUCAUUUUUAUACAAAUCCCAGUCGUAAAAGUUUGAACGUCAGUUGCUUAUAGAAUGGCUUAGAUCAACCUUUCCAUUGAAUUUUACAAUCUAGUUUCUGAUGUCUAUUGAUAUUGACCUCCCGUUAAGACAUGGCAUUUCAUAUUCACUCCAUAUUCACAAAUGGGCGGAAUGCACUAAAACACGAGAUCAAACUAAACAUUUGUGGAAAGGCACUAAAAUGGGAUGGGACACCAGUGUUUUUAGGGAUGAAAAUGGACCAAAAACUCCAGCUGCACAUCCACAUACACGAAAAACUAUGCCUAAAGCCAAUACUAAACUCAACCUGGUGAAAAAGCCUGCACGGGCUGGUGGGGCGGAUGCAAGACUUCUGAGAGCUCUUUAUGACGGGAGUGUGGGAGUUGCAAAGGUCUGCAGCCUCUCGAACGGCUCUAGAGGGAUUGGACCGCAUACAGAAUCAGGCUCUAAUAUUCGUGUAUGGGGCAUUGCGCACUACCUCAGUGGCCGCAGUAGAAUUAUUUAGCAGAUGAAGAACCGUCGUAUGGGCAGACACUAACCCUGUUUUUUUAUACAAGACAGUUGGGUUAAGAGGACAAGAUUGAAGCGACCCUCCUUGAUGGACGCAGUCAGUGAUCUAGAGGGAGAUCUACCCUUGUGCAAAAACAUGGAAAAAGUGCUAACAAUCCCGGUACGGGGGGGUCACGAAGGCCAACUGUCAAGCAGAACUAAGGGAGGAAGCACUUGGAACGAUUGAGACCUACCUGAACGAAAUAGUAAAAGAGUUUACGGACGGUUCAUGCUUUGCCACGCAAAUCGCAGUGGCUACGCACACUGAUCCAUUACCCAGGAGAGGUACCCCCACCCGAGGAGUUGUCAGGACCCAGUGGAAAGAGCAGAACCAGCUUCAACCUCAAAACUAGAAGCAAUACUGGUGGCCCUUAUGAGAGUGAACCAACGCCUAGUGAAGAGGAAAAACUUCCCCGACAUUGUGGUCUUCACUGAUCACGCUUUGCUCUUGAAAGCAAGGAAAAAGUCUUGACGGAGACCACUGUGGUAAACGCCAUUCUGGAGACAGUAGGUGGCAUGCAUGCCAAAGGCGGCAAGGUCUAUUUGCAGUAUAUCCCGGGGCACUUUGAGGUGACGCAGCACGACCGGUCCGAUAACCUUGUGCGAGAAGUGCUGCCCAGUCCCAACCCGAUAAGCCAAUGACUCAGCUGAGAUGCAAACCAUUACUGAAAGACCACUUCUGCGAGGAGUGGCAAAGUGGCUGGGCAACAGGGUGUACUGGACGGCAGCUCCACCGGAAAAUGCAGCGACCAAGCAAAAGUGAACCGUGAUGGAAACUCAGGAGGCAAGAGAAAAGCCUAGGUACACAGAUUAGAACGGGCCACUGCAUGUGACGCUGUUACCUCAACCCACUGGGCUCAAGAAGGGAUCCCAACUGCAGAUUAUGUGGCCAUGCCAACGAAACGGUGAACCACCUGGUGACCUGGCAAUGGCAUGGGAGCAGGGGGUCUGAACAUCGAACAUGUUUUGAUAAUCUAAUUUACGACUGAUGCCCAACCGAUGAGACAAGACGCUGAUAAACUGGCCAGGGCUAUUAGUUAGAGCAUAAGCUCAUCCCUUACCGGAGAAUGUAACAUUUUCAACACAGUUGGUCACGUAAACCAGCAUUCCAUUCAAGUUCCCACAAUUCUUGAGUAGAAUAUUUAUUGCAAUGUCUAACUUCUUUAAGCCCUUAUUGUCAAACUGGCUUAUAGCCAGAUGCAACCCAUAUUUACACAUUUUUGACAUAACUGCAUUAAAGAGAUGUAACGUUUCUAUUUUUAUAUUAAUGCUUAAAACUUGAAAAUCUGUUCAUCCUUUGUGUCUUAUGUCAAAAUUUUUAGGACCUCUUUGUACCCCCAUCUCAUCUCAUCACCAUAUCAUCACUAACCACAUGUCAUCACCCCCACUACCCACAUGUCAUCACCCCCACCAUGUCAUUACCACCAUAUUAUUACCAUCAUAUCAUCACACCCACCAUAUCAUCACACCCACCAUAUCAUCACCACCACCAUAUCAUCGCUACUCCCAUAUCAUCACCACCACAAUAAAACCACCACCAUAUCAUCACUACCCACAUGUCAUCACAUCAUCAUAUCAUCACACACUAUAUCAUCACCACCACCAUAUCAUAUCACUAUUACCAUAUCAUCACAUCGCAGUAUCAUCACCACCAUUAUGUCGUCAACACCACAUAUCAUCACCACCACCAUGUCAUCACUACCACCAUAUCAUCACCUCCCCAUGUCAUCACCACCCCAUAUCAUCACACCCCAUAUCAUCACCUCCCCAUAUCAUCACCACCCCAUAUCAUCACCACCCCAUAUCAUCACAUCACCAUGUCAUCACACCACUCAUCAUCACCACCAUGAUUUCAUUAUCACCAUCAAAUCAUCCCACCAUUUCAUCAUUAUGUGGGUCCAUUCUUGUGUAAAUCUAUUCUAUUGAAAGUCUGUCCCUGUUUGUAAUUGUUGCACACAAUGUCUUAAAGAUGACCCACAAAAAGCUAUAUCCAAUCUUCCAAUGUUUACAAGAGAUAAUGGUUUAUAUCCUAAAAUGAAUGAUUAGCAUAAUAACAUGAUGGCUUUAACAUAUAUUUUUGUUAAGGUUGAAGACUCAUCUACCCGACUGACACGUUACGAGGCACAAACAUCUCAGCAAAGAAGAGACUUGGAGUUUAAAAACCAAGAAUUGGAGAAUGUCAGGUACUUGGUACUCAGAGAUGUGAAUGGUUAUUUCAGUUGUUGCAAUAUAUAGACUGGUAGAAUUGUUGGGUGUACAAUAGUAAAGUGUAAUAUUAGUGUAAUUUGGGUGUACAAGACUAAUGUGUAAUGUGAGUAUAAUUUUGGAGUGUACAAUAGCAAUGUGUAAUAUUAGUGUAAUAGGAAUUUAUUGGUUAUGAAAGUUUCUCCCUUGCUGUAUGUUGGUCGUGUGACAUGUUUGGCAUCUCAUUUAAUCAUGGUUUUAUGACCUGAUAUUGCCAGGAAAGAACUGAAAGAGUUGUGGCAUGCGCACAAUCAGCUGACAGAACAUUCUGGACAACAGGCUGACCUCAUCCGACAGCUACAGUCCUUACAACAAGACACCCAGAAAAGUGGGUUGACACUGGUUAUGACCAGUCUUAUACGUCGGCUGUCAUCUAGACAUUAAUAACAAUAACCAAGUUACAUAUUCAUUGUUGUUAUAUGUCUUAACAAUUCAAUAAUUUAUUAAUUAACACUAAAGACAUGUUACGCUAUAUGAAAAUAUGUAUUUAUUAUUAUAAAAGUACAUAUUUAUUUGAACAUUUAAUUGAAAUGGUAAAAAAGUUUUUUAACAUCUGAAUGAUUAAAUUGAAAAUUUUCUUGUGUGUAAUUUAAUUGAAAAAAAUCCACACAAAAUUGAAAUGUUGUUAUAUGACCAGAGAUAAUACUAGGAAAACUGAUUUUUUCAUCAGGCAUUUUAACACAGUGAGAUUUAAAACAAUGAUAUUUAACUCAAUGACAUUUUAAACAUUGUUUUAAAUCAUUGAGUUAAAUAUUAUUGAUUUUUAACACAAUGACAUUUAAAACAAUAAUAUUUAACUCAAUGAAAUUUAAAACAAUGAUGUUUAACUUAAUGACAUUUAAAACAAUGAUAUUUAAAACAAUGAGAUUAAAAACAAUGAUUUUUAGCACAAUGACAUUUAAAAUAAUAUUUAAAACAAUGAUUUUUAACAAAAUAAUAUUUAACUCAAUGACAUUUAAAACAAUGAGAUUUAAUAAAAUUGACAUUAUGUUCUAGUGUUAAAGAACCAAGAGGAUGCCUUUUCUUUAGAAAGUACAUCCUUACAACAGGUAGGUAGGAAUGUAGUUUAUCUUUACACCAUUAAUUGCAGCAGAUGUUAUUUACUUUUACCAGUAAAGUCUGUUGUAACACAAAACUUCUUGCUUACUUCUCAAAUUUGAAGUCAAUGAUUUUUCAAACUGUGCAGCGAUUCAGUGCCUGAAGUUAUUGACAAACUCAAGUUGACGUCAUGAUCUUCUAAUGUAUGUUUACAAAUGUUGUGUUAUUUUAACAGAUGUUUACAGAUGUCAAUACUAGAUACGAGGCAGCCAAACGGAUGGAAUCCGACCUAAGACAACAAGUGUUGGAGCUGAAAAAGGUGAGAACGGCAUUGAUCGCAUCCAGAUUUUUAUGAAACCAGACAUUUCUUAAUGAUAUAUCCUUGCAUGAAGCAGUGUUCUACGUUUUAGCUGGACCCUCUAUAUUUUCUCUAGAUUUGUUGGCCAUGUUAAUUGAUUCUGAAAAUAUAUGUCAUCUGUUUAUUCAGUUUCUUUUUGCUGGCAUCUGUCCAUCACAAUGUGAUGAUGGUGUAGACCUCACAUUGUGACGAUGGUGUAGACCUCACAAUGUGACGAUGGUGUAGACCUCACAAUGUGACGAUGGUGUAGACGUCACAAGGUGACGAUGGUGUAGACUUUGCAGGAUGAAAUCACAAGGCCUGGGAUUUUUCUUUAGGAUGACAAGCUGAUUCAGUUGAGACUGCUCUGCCACCCAGCGCCCAAUUCAGUUUAGACUGCUCUGCCACCCAGCACCCAAUUCAGUUUAUAUUUUCCUUAUUAUUGAUAUUCAACAGCUGUUCCUUUGCCUAAGCUUUGUGUAUACAAUAUUUCUUAAAUUUUUUUGUUUUUUUUUAGAAUUUAGACCCAGACUAAUAAUAUAUUUUUUAUCAAAGUCAGAUCAGGAAGUAUACAUUUAAAUAUUUAAAUUGUAUAUGUAUACAUAAUAUUUUCAACUUUUGAGCAAUUUUUAAAUAUUUGCGUGAGUUUGUAUACAAUUUUAACCUGAAAAGUAAAGUCUGUUUAAAACCAUGGUGUUUGAAUCUACUCAAAAGGAAGUUUUUCUCCAUUGUUGAAGAAAUGAAUAUUCUGUUUUAGAGUCUGAUGGACAAAGAUGACAUCAUUUCCGCACUGCAGUCACAGGAAAUGAUCAACAAACAAAUGGGAAAUACUUGUCCCAGACAACCUGAGUAUACUGGAAGUUUCCUGGACAUUGUCAAGGUAGAGUGGAUGUUAUGUGCAGUAAAAAGAAUGGUUUAUCUCAAACAAGAUGUUCAUUUAAAAACUAUUGACAGAGGCCACAGAGUAAUUCACACUGAUAAAUAAUGUCAGAGAGAAUCUUGUAUUACAGAAAUAAAGUAUUGGAAAAAAUUUAUUUACAGGAAGUGGAUUCUAUCCCUCCAAAAGAAAUGGGCACCAAAAGAGGAAGAGGGAGGUAACUAGUCUUUCUAAUAAUGUGUCAUUUCAUGCAAGCAGUGGCAUAUUUAAUGUUAUAUCUUUACAGUUUACAUUUAAUUUUAUAUUUUUAGAGAUUAUAUUUAAUUUUAUAUCUUUAGAGUUUGUAUUUAAUGUUAUAUCUGUAGAGUGUAUAUUAAAUUUUUUAACUAUUCUAAUGUGCGAGAGAUUUUGGGGUUUCAUAGACAUUAAAUAUCACGUGUUGUGCCAGGUCUCUGAAUCGAAGCCCUGAACUUGAUAAAAAUAUAAGUUGUCGUGAAACUCCAAGGCCAAGGUCGUUGUCACCCCCAACAGUUGAGAGUGAACCACGAUUUGAACCGUUUGAUGUCAGGAAAGUAGGUCAGCUGCAGAAAGAGUUGUUGGCAAAGGUAAUACUCAAAGAUGUGGUUAUGGGGUCAUAGGUCACAGUUAUACGGUUGGGGAUAAACACUCCAGCUAUGUUGUUGGGGAUAUAUGUUGUUUGAGAUAUAUGUCACAAAUAAAUUGUUGGGUAUAUUUGUCACAGCUAUGGCGUUGGGGAGAUAUAAUUGUUAUAAAUUCUGUCAUGGUUGUAUAAGAUAAGUUAUGAUAUUGGGGUGACAGUAGGUUUGGUCUGCGCGUAAUUUAUAAGUCAGAAUGAUGAGUUUUACUUUGUAAGUUUGAAAUUUAACAACAAAAAAGGUUGUGACUUAUGAGUGUGGCUUGGGAAGGUUGACUGAUACAUAUGUUUUGGGGAGGUUGAAUUAUGAGUGUGGCUUGGGGAGGUUGAAUUAUGAGUGUCUUGGAGAAGUUGACAUAUCAGUGUGUCUUGGAGAGGUUGAUGAAAUUUUCUGCAUUGAUAAAGUUUGUGAACUUUUGUACAAAAAGACUCGUCAAGUGGAGGAACUGAGACGGGCACAUGACAACAGACUUCAUCGGUUCCAGGACCUGCAGGCCAGUUACAAGUUGGCCAGAGAGCAGAUCAAAACCCUUGAGUUUGGCUGGUGAGUGACAGUUUUAAAAGAGGUAGAGAGUACAGCAAGUUAGAGAGUAAAGCAAGUUAAAGAGUAAAUCAAGUUAUGGAGUAAAGUAUAUUAUGGGGUUAAGCAAGUUAAAGAGUAAACCUAAAUUAAUUUAUAUUUAGAUUUAUUAAUAUCGUAGAGCCAGAUUUCAAAAGAAUGAAGAUAAAUUAGCCAUCAAUGUAAUUCCUGAAAGCUAUGGACCAACUCUUAUGUUUAACCUUAGAGAUAUCUACAAUUAUAUUAUACAUUCUUAUGUACAAAUUAAUUAUAGCAUGUUGAUGUCAUUCAUUUAUUUUUUACUCUCUAACCUUGCCAUUCUGUUGCUUGAAUCAGUUUUGUCUCUCCUUGUUGUUUUCUAGCAAACCUAAACAAAGGAAAAUCAAGCGAGCAGACCCACGAUCACUGCAGAAAGAGAACAGUGAUGAAGUCUGGAAUGAGUUGUCUUACUUCAAGGCAGAAAACAGAACUCUUCAAAUUGACAAGUAGGUUCAGAGAUAAAAUAUUUUAUUUAGGUAACUUUGUUAAAAACAGUUGUCUUCAAACUGACACAAUUUAAAAAGUACCAUGGUUAUGGUUACUUCUUACUUCUGUAAGAAAAUGGUUAGGGUUACUGCAGUAAUGGUUAGGGUUACUGCAGAAAAUGGUUAGGGUUACUGCAGAAAAUGGUUAGGGUUACUGCAGAAAAUGGUUAGGGUUACUGCAGAAAAUGGUUAGGGUUACUGCAGAAAAUGGUUAGGGUUACUGCAGUAAUGCAAAAGUCCAUUUAACUAAUAUUGAGUAUUGCCUCUUUGAGAAUGUCCCUUCAAGAAGAGGUUGACCUGCUUCGUGUCCAGGCAGCUCAAGAUAACGCUACAAUUCAUGAACUCAAAGUCUCUUUACUGGGACAAAGAGAAGGUCAGUGUGUAGACUUAGAUCAUUAACUUAACAAUUUUGUUAAUGUAGACUAGAAUUAAUGGAUAUGCCCUCUUAUAAUACUACAACUAUUUGACACCAGGCAUUCUGUAGCUGCUAGUCAUUUCAAUCGUAAUACUUUGUCUAGAAAGAUUAUCCAAAACAUUAGAAACAUUUAGUAUCAAGUUCUCUAAAUAACACCUAACAUAUGAAAGAAUUCCAUUUAUUUCUCUCCAACACUGGAUACAAACACUCCAAAAAUGGAUACAAACUAUUCAACACUGGAUACAAACACUCUAAUGCCGGAUACAAACUAUUCAACACUGGAUGCAAACUAUUCAACACUGGAUACAAACUAUUCUAUACAAUACUGGAUACAAACACUCUAACAAUGGAUACAAACACUCCAGUGCUGGAUACAAACUAUUCAACACUGGAUACAAACUAUUCAACACUGGAUACAAACUAUUCAACACUGGAUACAAACUAUUCUAUACAAUACUGGAUACAAACACUCUAACAAUGGAUACAAACACUCCAGUGCUGGAUACAAACUAUUCAACACUGGAUACAAACUAUUCAACACUGGAUACAAACUAUUCAACACUGGAUACAAACUAUUCUAUACAAUACUGGAUACAAACACUCUAACAAUGGAUACAAACACUCCAGUGCUGGAUACAAACUAUUCAACACUAGAUACAAACUAUUCAACACUGGAUACAAACUAUUCAACACUGGAUAUAAACUAUUCAACACUGGAUACAAACUAUUCAACACUGGAUACAAACUAUUCAACACUGGAUACAAACUAUUCUAUUCAACAUUCUGUGAAACUAGAUACAAACUUUAUCUUUUAUCUGCAAACACAAAAGGAAAGUUUAUGACACAGAAGGUCCCUAUUUAAUGUUGCCUUAUUUAAUUUGAGUUGUUAUAAAAUAUUUUUGCAUUUUAGAGUUUGAAUUCCAGUUGCGUAGCUUGCAGCGUGAAAACAAAGAGUCAAGGGAGACGGAUAAACAGUUGUCUCUCCUUAAAUCUCAGGUAAAUUCUCACCUGGAGUUGUGAUAGAAUAUUUUUACAAAACUGUAUUUAGUUAUCUCUGCUGAGCACGUGGCUGUAUAAACCAAAGAAAUACUCCAUUGAAGAAUCUUGUCUUGUAUUUUAUUUAAUUCUUCACCUUUACAUGUAAUACACAAAAGUCAUGACAUGUUUCUCGUAUGGUUCUAUUUGACAUGACAAGAUAGUAUAGUUUAAUGUAGACUCAACCUUCCAAGUAAGACAAUGGUUGUAUGUUUACAUAGCCACUUGCCCAGUGCAUGGCGAGGUAAUGGAGCUUCCAGUCAAGUGUGACCUUCCCUAUUACUGGACCCAUUAUUGCCCCUUAGAGAUGGGUCAAUGUUGUUUUAAGGACCCCUCGUUUGAUGGGGUGCUGAUGUUUGACAGGCCCCUUGUAAAUUGGGAUGCUGAUUUUUAACAAGCCCCUCAUAUAUAUUGGGGUGCUAAUGUCUUAUAAGUCCCUUUUAUAUUAUAUUUGGGGUGGGGGGUUUCGGAGAGCCCUAACAGAGGUCUGAAUUGUGGAUAGCAUCCUGAGAUGGGGGUCUCAGAAAUUUUAUUGACACACAUAGAAUAGUGUUGAAGAUAUUUGGCCAUUAUGCAGCAUAGGAAAAGAUGUGUGUCAUUAAUGAAAUGCUUCCAGUAACCGCUUUAGUUCUAUAUUUUUUCCGUGUUCACUGAAGGUCCAGAAUAAGACCGUUCACAUUGAGAAACUAGACAGAGAUCUUCUCGCCGUCAUGUCACAAAGGGAUGACUUGGUACAGGAGAAAAGGUGAGUUCUCACAGCUUACAACUUAACUCAGGCUUGGUGAAAUUUUCUUGUUUGAUUGAUGUCACAUUAAUCAUAAGAUAACACUACGUAACUGAUUACCUGAAUGAUGUUUCUUUCCUGCCUAGUAAACUCAUGUCACAGUUGGUGACCAUUCAACAAGAGGCUUCACAUCACAGAAUGGAACUUGCUGAUUGCAAACAUCAGCUUCAGAGGUAA